AUGGUAAAAAACAGUGAUCGUUUGCGUAAAUUGGCUGUCGGUAUUGGAAUUGCGCUAUGUGGUUCAGCUAUUGCUGUUCUGUACGAUCAUGAACGAUUCUUUCAGCUUGGACCUUUUCGUGUUGUUCGUGCGGGUGUCACGGUAUUUUGCAUUGUAACCGAUUAUAAAUGGACUAUGUGGACUUGUCCGAAUACGGACAUAUUGUAUCACCAGAAAUUGAGUGCAACACAUGUCAGAAGUGCUCGAAAACUCCUUAAAUUAGCUGAGAACAAUGGUGGUGUCUAUAUCAAAGUUGGACAACAUUUGGCCUCUCUCGAAUAUCUUCUUCCGGUUGAGUACACGGAUGCUUUAUGUGUUUUGCAUUCAAAAGCACCCGAAAGUAAGCUGAUCGAAGUACGGCGAGUUCUAGAAGAAGAUCUGAAUGCCAAGGUUGAGGAUAUAUUCGUGGGAUUUAAUGAAACUCCGGAAGGUUCUGCAUCUCUUGCACAGGUGUACCGAGCAGUUUUAAGGAAAAACAACGAGGAAGUUGCUGUAAAAGUACAACAUAUCCAUGUGAAGCCAAGGAGUUGGGCUGAUAUUAAGACGAUUGAGACCUUAACCAGAUUAGCAUCAAGGCUCUUUCCCGACUUUCAUUUUAUGUGGCUGGUGGACGAAAUGAAACGAAAUUUGCCAAUGGAAUUGGAUUUUAGGGUUGAAGCGGCAAAUGCGAAAAAGUUAGAGGAAAUGUUUUCACACCUUGACUAUCUAAAGAUUCCAAAGAUAUACGACGAAUAUACGACAGAACGUGUUCUCGUUAUGGAAUAUUGCGAUGGUGCCCAAAUAAAUGAUUAUAAUUAUUUUAUUCAAAACAAUAUAAAUCCCUAUGAUGUUUGUCGUAAACUGGGUGCACUAUUUAGUGAAAUGAUCUUUAUUAAUGGUUAUGUCCAUUGCGAUCCACAUCCUGGCAAUGUUUUGGUGAGCAAAGCGAAGGAUGGACGUGUUUCGAUCAUUCUUUUAGAUCAUGGGCUUUAUUUGACAUUGGGAUCUGAUUUUCGGAUAAAAUAUUCGAAAUUAUGGCUAGCACUAUUGGAAUCCAAUUUGAAUGAAGUUAAAAAAUGUGCGCAGUCAAUGGGUGUGGGUGAGCUUUAUGGUCUUUUUGCCUGCAUGGUAACAAAUAGAUCAUGGGAUGCAAUUAGCCAUGGAAUUGACAAAUCAGCUGCUACAUAUGAGGAACAACGAGAAAUCAAGUCAUAUGCUGCUACCUUGAUACCCGAAAUUUCACAAGUUUUGGAACGAAUGCCACGCUCAAUGCUAUUAAUUUUGAAAACAAAUGAUCUGUUGAGAAGUAUAGAAUAUCGAUUGGGGACGCAAGGACGAGCUGAUGCGUUCGUUCAAAUGGCUCGUUGCUGUAUUCGAUCAGUUCAUCAACAUUCUGCUGAGCAGACGAAUUCGUUGCUGAUAAAAAUAUGCGUUUAUGUGCGCAUGUAUAUUACAUUAUUCAAAAUAACCGUUUUUGAGUAUUAUUUGCUAUUUAUGAAUCCAUUUUGUGCCAAACCUAUCAAAUAA